AUGACUGAAAUAGUCUCCAAAAAUGCCUCUGUAGUUCCUACUGGGAAAAGCGGCUUUUCUCUUCUUAAAAUGAUAGGAGCAGACCGCACUCUGACUCUUCUUCUGACAGCGGCGCAAGUUCUUACAGGAGUCAGUGCAAAUAGCCUCAUCGUGACGGUGAACGCCAUUGGCCUGAUCAAGUGGAGAAAAAUAGCCACCCUGGAUUUGCUUCUUUCUUGCCUGGCAAUUUCUAGGAUUUUUCUGCAGUUGUACAUCGUCUUCUUCCUUAUGAUCAUUUUCUCCGGGAAGGAAUUCAUCAUUCCAGCGACCAUUGUAAUUAUUUUAUUUACAAAUGAAUUGGGGCUUUGGUUUGCCACAUGGCUCAGUGUUUUCUACUGCACAAAGAUUGCAAGCAUCCCACACUGGCUCUUCUUGUGGCUAAAGAUGAGGAUAUCGAGGCUGGUGCCAUGGUUGAUUGUGGGGUCUCUCUUUCAUUCAGCUAUCACUUCUGCCAUCUACAGUCAAUAUGCGUGGGCUAUUUCCAGAGGAAUUUUGUUCAAUUUUUUAUUAAAAAAUGCAACACAAAUCAACGAAAAAGAAACAUAUGUUAUGCCAAUUUUCUUUAUCGCCAGUCUGACAUUGCCAUUUCUCAUCUUCCUUACUGCUGUUGUGCUCUUGAUUUUCUUCCUGGUGAAACACAGCCUGCGGAUGAGGAUGAUGGCAGGAGCGGGCAGCCCUGGCCAGAGCGCGCACAGGAGCGCGGUGCUGUCCAUCUUGUCCUUCCUCGUCCUCCACUUCUCCCACUACAUGGUGGCUAUUUCUUUCUGUACUCAAAAAUACCAGAUCGGAAGCCUCUCCUUUCUUCUCUGUAUGCUGGUAGCUGUCGUAUACCCCUCCAUACACUCUAUUAUUUUAAUUUUUGUUAAUCCUAAACUGAAACAAAAUGCAAAAGCAUUGCUCCUUGGCCUCUGUAAGGGCUGUCAGUGA